GCGUUGAAACGGGGGAUGUCAUCGCACAAACCUGGCAACGUUGACUAUGCGCUGGAUAAAGCAGCCAGUAUGGCGGACAGCGAGAGCGAUUUGGAAACAGACGGGCUUGAAUUAGCCCUGGAUACGUUGUGUAGCAGACAUUGCAGUGACGAAUCUUCGCUUAAGAGCAAGGAAUACUGCUCAGAGUUCUGUGAGCUGGUCGAGGAAUACACAGGACAAUGGCAGGUUCCUCUCCCUCAGCUGAAGGUGCUGCGUACAGCGCUAAACAGUUUCACCAAAGCCACUGCUCCCUUCCCUGAUGACUGUCAGCAUAUUCAUUACGUUCUCAGCAGUCUGGCUUUGAGCUUCUUUGAAUUACUGCUGUUUUUUGGCAAAGAAGAAUUUGUGGAAGACCCUUUAAAGGACAUCAUUGAUUGCUUUCAGGAGUGUCACACUCAGCUCCUGAGGCACCGAAACAGCUAUCUUCAUCAAGUAAAGCACAUCAUCAAAUCAGGAGGACCAUGGGAGAAUCCAGUACUGCAAAAAAUCCUGAAGGAGGCAGACCUUCAACCAAAUGAAGUGGAGGAAUACUUGAGCUCACAGUUGCCUGUGUUUCUGGAGCUCCGGGUCCGUUACCUGCAGGCCUGUGAACGGCUGAAGGAGGCUAUGGCUCUGUCGAAGAGCUGCCUUGAGAAUCAUGAAGCUGGGAAACACCUGUUCUUCCAUCAGGCUUACCUGACCUGCCUCUACAAGGCCUCACUGCAUGAACACCUUCACAAGGAGAUGGCAGAGAUCGAUGGCCGGGAUGCAGUGGAGAUCAUCUGUAACACGGAGCGAGUUGAAAAAGACGAAGUCCUGUUGUCACUCUGUAAAGCUUUUCUGACGCAGUACUUACACAACGGCGACAUGUAUUACAUCUGGGACCUGCUCUUCAUUUGGAGUCGACUGCAUCUGAGGGCUCAUCCAUCCAGAGAAGGUUUCCUGGCUGAGUGCUUAUCGCUGGCCUCCUCUGCCACCAAUGUCAGAGCCAUCUUCCCUUUCAUCAAACUGGUCACCACCGAGGUCGGAGGUGAAGGGGUCGAGGUCUGCCUGGAGCUGUGUGCCAGAGCCCUGCAGUUGUGUGACGCCCAGGACGACUCCGAGACUCGCUCAUUGGUCUGCAAAACCAUCGCUUUCCUCCUGCCUCAUGAUCUGGAGAUCUGUCGGGCGUCUGCUCUGCUGGCCUUCUGUCAGGAACGCAGCCUGGAGGCUUACCGAACGGUCUGCCUGCUGUAUAUGCAUCCUGAUGAGGAGCCCCAUCCACACAACAGCACUGUUCGGACCAAUGUUCGCUUUCAUAUCCUUCAGUUGUUGAAGGAGCGUCUGUGCUUCGACCCAGAGUUCUGGAACCUCCUGACACUAAGGACGUAUUGCUUGGAGCUGCUCAACGACAACGUCAUAAAGGCUGUAGUCUUAAGUGAGAUGAAGGAGGAAGAAGAAAAGCAGUUGAAUGAAGAGGUCUCAAAAAAUAGUUCAGACGAGUCCUGCACCAGAGAAGCCAGUUUCCCCCAAAGCACUGAAGCCCCACCUGUGAGUCAUGACCUCAUCAAAGAGCAAGAUGACAACUGCGCAGAAAAACAUGUUUCCCCACCAAAGCGUGCUCUGUGGCCUGUGAAAAAAGUGAGGAAAAGGGGGAGACCGCGAAAACAGGUGCCCGUGUCUGAUGAUGAGGCGGAGAAUGGUGACGAUCCAGAGUACAAGUACACUCUGAAAUCCACUUGUUUAGUCAACAAGCCUUUUUAUUCACUAAGACGAAGUAAGGCUAACAUGGACGUUUCUGGAUCCACGAGGUCCACUCUGAACCAGAGCAGGGAGUACCUGUCCAGAUGUGUGAAAAAUCAAAUCUUAAACAGGAAAGGUCGGAGAAGGCUGUGGUUGCCAGUUCUUCCCAAAGAGUGCAUAGUGUUCAUAGGAAAGAAGAGAGGAAGGAAGCCUUUCGCCCGACUGGAAUACUUUUAUCCUGAUAAUGAAAUAUUGCUUUCAGACGAGGGGCCUGGUUCAGAGGAGGUAUCUGAAAGAGAAGUCGGGGAACCGGACUUUUCCGAAGAGAAGGAAAAUAACAUUUUGCAAACAACAGAUCACGAAAAUCAAAGUGAACAUUGGGAAAAUUCUGACUUGGUUCCUGUCAAAGAUAAUGAACAUAUCACAGACGAACCACUGGUUAGUGAAGCCCCUGCUCCUGCUGUUGAAGGUGACCCGGAGCUUGAUGGACCACCUUUAAAGUUCCUGGAGUGUCCCGUAGAGAGCCUGCACUGUUAUUGUCUUAUCAUUGAAAAGUCCAACAGUGACCACCAGGGGCCUGAGGAAUCCUCAGUACCAGAUGAGCUCAAUGGUGACAUCAAACCAGAACCAUGUUCUCCAGAGGAAACUGGUGUCUCAAACGCUGAGCAGAAAACCAAGAGAACGUGGAAGGAAAAACUUCUUCGUACUCAACAGUUUUCACAUAUGAAGCAUCACUGCAGUAUCUGCGGCAAAGACUACAAAGGCCUGAAUAUUAUGCGGCACGCAAUAUCGCACCUCAAGAGGCGCAGGUUAAAGUGUAUACUGUGCGGAAAGCGCUUUAAACACGUUUCAUUUGCCAAAAAGCACAUUUUGGACCACUUUGACAAGAUGUGCAAAGAAAAGGAGCCGUGUGUCGAGGAACCUCCAGCCGUCAAUGGUUUAGUAGAAAACAAGGAACAACAGACUGAGACUCAGAUUUCACAAGAGGAAGUUCAACGGAAAACUGCGACCAAAAUUAGAGUUUCAGACCUCAGUAGGGAGCAGAGAAUCAUCCGCAACAUCCGCACUCUCGUCAAGAAGACUGCGUUGCUACACAAAAAGUGCACGGACCCGGAGUCUGAUUUCCAAGAUGAACAGGUUGUCAUUGAAGACGGCCAAGUCUUUAUUAAAGUUCCCUCUGUGACUGAAAACAGCGAGGGAGGUGAACAGGGUAACAAAAACGCAGAGGGAGAGAAUGGCGUCGAUGUGGUCAGGGACACGUAUUACUUAUGUCCCUCAGAGUCCUGCGACCGCGUGUUUUUAAGGAGCAACAACACGCUCAUCAGGCAUGCCAUCAAAAGCCACAUUAAUGAAGAGAGUGUGUUGGAAAAGACAUUCGUUUGGGCCAACAAGAAGUGCAAACUCUGCUUCAGGCAGUUACAGUUUCUCCAGCAUUACAAGGAGCACAUGAAGUUCCACGACGAUCCUCUCCAACACUUCUGUUACCACCUCGAAUGUAACCAGCGCUUCGGCACACAACAGGAACUCAAGGACCACAUCGCCACUCACAAUCCGUUCCAGCCACAGUGUCGCUUCAUGGGCUGUGAGAAGCUCUUCUCCAAUCUCCAGAGCCUCUACGACCACGAAUGGAGGCACUACAACCCUGCACCUCAGAGGGACGAGCUGGAGCACGGAGGUAGAAAGGAGGUACAAAAUCCCGAAGCUCCGUGGAAGCAGAGGUUGAAAGUGGAGGAGCUGUGGUUGCAGGUGAAGAAGGACAAGAGGGACAGUCCAACCCCAGAGCACGCUGCGGCUUUACCUGUGGAGAAACUUGGGGGAGUGAGCAAAGGUCUCGAGGAGAGUUGUGAAGUCAGCGAUGAAAACAUGUCUGGGCCCUCAGAAAACGGCAAACCUCUGACAAAUGGACACGAGAAAGAGUCAGAAUUCCCUUCCGCUGAUGACGUCAGUGCUACUGAGACCAGUCCGACGGCCAAGUGCCAGAACAAACCACUGUACGAGCCGGAUCCUUUGAAUGUCAAGGAAGCCAUCAAUAUAGCCACGAUGGUCGAGGGAGUCCAGCAGAAACUGGGAGAGCCGCACAUCACCGAACACAAAACCUUCAAACCCGAAGACCCUGUCUACGCCACCUUCGUCAAAGCUCCCUUUGUCAGGCCUCCGCCCUGCACGUACCUGAACGAAUCUGUUCUCUCGAUGCGCAAGCGAAGACCGGCAGAAGAACAGCAGGUCGUACCCAGAAAAACUGUCAACUGGAACCAUAGGAAAAAGAAGGAUCUAGAGAAGCAGCAGGAGCCGGAGGACAAGACCCCUGAGCCGAAGGUCAGACAUCGGUGCAGCAAAUGUUUGUCUUCCUACGCCAGCCUGAAGGAACUGCAGCAGCACGAGGCCCUCAACACCUGCUCCUCACUCUUUGGCUUUGACUCGGAUGAUGAAAGUUAGUUGACUUGUCAUUCUCUCAUACCGAACUUUAAAUCGUUAGUGUAAAUAUUUUUUAACUUCUUACACCACUUCAUAAUACAAUCUUUAGGUUGCUAGUGCAGAAGGAGCAGGAAGACUUUUGAUGUUUGUCCACUGGCUCAGGUUAAAAACCUUCACCUAAAGUUAUCACUCUCUAACAGCAUAAAGCUUCCUUCACACAUUUGUGUUGUUUCUGAUUUAGACCAAAGAAAGGCGGUAUUAUAGCGUAGCACUCCGAAGUCUGACCCCUACUGGACACAGGGGACAAAGUAUCUAAACUUGUGAGAGAUGUUGGUUUUUACUUUUCUUGCACAAAAACACAUUUGUGUUGCCUAGCACUUAACGUAAUAAUAUUGUGAGCACAUUGAGACCAAAAGCAGGGUCUAAAACUGGCACUGAGUUCAGAUGUGUGUUGAAACGGCAACGACUUAACAGUCAACCUUGUACUGACAGUCAUCCUCACAGAGUUCACCUGUAAGAUCCAUCAUGAGAGGUCGACUUAACAAAACUGCCUUUGUUUAUCUUGGACCCUCAUCAUUAACCUUAAGAAAACAGUAAUUUAAACCUUGUUUAAAUUUUUUAUUUAUAUUUAGACAGCUGUCCCAGAGCAUCUAUGACGUGGUCUGCGAUCCCUUCGACAGCCAGUACUGUUGACUCACAGUACAUGCCUGAGUCUUUAAUUAUCUUUAAAUUAGGACUCAAUGCAGGUUAAACCUGUUUGAGCCUCACAAACUUAUUUUGUUUUAUUUAUUAUUUAUAAAAUCAGGAAGCUUAUUUUAAUAACUUGUGUUCUUAACAGUAUUAAUGGUAGGGAAACAGUACAGGUGGAAAUCUGUACAGGGGACAAAUGUUAGUCUUCCAAAUAAAUCAUUCAUUCGAUGAAAAUGGAUCAUGGACAUGAUCAACAGUGAUACAGUACCAAUGAUGUAAUUCUGCCUCCAUGACAUUCACUGUUAUUAUUUCUUCCGAAUGUUACCUGUGCCAAAAUGAAAAUGUCGUCACCAGUGGAUACUUUGAUCUUUAAAGUUCUGCAUCGCAACAAUUAUGUAUUUUAUUGUUUAAAAUAUUUAACAAUUGUCUAAGUAUGUACAGAUUUUCAUAAUGGUUGAUCUGCCUGAAAAUUUGUGGUUGUAUUGUUUGAAAACUGUGCACUUAAAUCUGAUUAUUUAUAUGUACAUUUGUGAAUAGUCUGGAUUUGUAAAAGUUACAUUUUCAUAUCUAUUUUUCUUAUUAAAAAAUGUGAAAGAAUCUGAUUGAAUGGAGAAAUAUUUUUUAAGUUUUUUUGUUUUCAUACUUACAUACCAAAAAAAAUGUAAAGGCACCAUACACAAGGUAUUUCACAAAAUUCCAGGGAGACGUCAAGUCGAGAAUCGGUUCAGCCUUUAUUGUAUUCAGCAUUGCAUAUUUAUUAACUCUUUAUUAACUCUAUUGCUUUAAUAACCCUCACAGCAGAGGUCAACAGUACGUUUAUCAAAAUUGCUUUUCAAAAAGGUUUUUGCAUCACAUUUUCUUGGUAAAUGAGGUCAUUUAGAAAAGAAAUGCAAAAAAAAAACA